AUGCCGCCCCUAGUACUAGUCCACCCAUCCGUGCCUCUCCCCAUCGCCUCGCCCCUCCUCCCGCCAGCCACAUGUCCCGCUGGCGUGGUGUGCCCGACGGGAGCAUACUGCGUGGUGGACAGCCGCGGCUUCCCCUUCUGCAAGUGCCUGAGCGGGGAGGGCAUCAUCAACAACGGCGCGUGCAUCGGUGGAAUGAGCUGGAAGAUGGUCGGCACGAGCGUCGUGCUCUACAACGGCCCCUCCUUCACCAACUUGCCCGCCAUGCUCGCACCCGCCGUGCUGCGCUCGCCAGCACUCAACUCGCCGGUGUGUCGGGUGGUGCCGAAGGGGUUCAACGGCACGGUGGGGUCGCUGCGCAUCAUGUGGAGCGUGGAUGACAGCGCCAAGGACCACCUUGUGUGCGGCAAGCUCGUCUUCUGGGACAAGCCCGACUACUCUGGGUCGGCAUCGGUGUUUGAGAUUCCUGGCAAGUGGACUGCAACCAAGGCCGACAAGUUCAACUACGCCACCACCAGCGUCAAGAAGGCAGCGGGCGUGGUGGCGACGGGCAGGUCCUUCUCGUGUCUGGCGGCCGUGAAGCCGCCUGUCACGGACCUCUAUGCCACGGCGGCAUGCCCGCCCAACUCCAAGUGCUCCCUCAAGAACAGCUCCUAUGCCAGUCCUUGCUGCACUGAUGAUUUGCUGCAGCCUUUACCUCCACUAAGCCAUCCUGCCCGCAUCUCUCUGCCUCUCGCUCCCUCUCUCCCCCUCUCGCUCCGUCUCUCUCCCUCUGUCUCGCGCUCCCUCCCUCUUUUCCCUCUCCCUCUCUCCCACUUGCUCCCCCUCUCUCUCCCACUUGAUCCCCCUCUCUCCCACUGGCUCCCUCUCUCUCUCGCACUGACUCCUCCUCUCUCUUCCUCUCUCUCCCACUCGCUCCCCCUCUCUCUUCCUCUCUCCCCAUCUCUCUCCCUCUCUCUCCCAUUCUCUAUCCAACGUCACAUGCACGAGAUGUCUGGAGUCGUUCCCGACGUGGCUGACGUGGCCAUCAGCAUCUACAGCGCGCUGAACCUGGGUGGCAAGAAUCCUCCCUACGUCUUCCGUCUCAAGCCGAACAAGAGUGUCAACAUUCCGAUUGGCGUGCUUACGAGCAGCAAGUCGGUGGGCAUGCUAUUCCGUGCGCCGAGGUCGAACCUGAGGUGCACAUCCGUUAUCAUCUACGACACGUCUCUCUCUCUCUCUCUCUCUCUCUCUCUCUCUCUCUCUCUCUCUCUCUCUCUCUCUCUCUCUCUCUCUCUCUCUCCCCCUCUCUCUCCCCCCCUCUCUCUCCCCCCCUCUCUCUCCCCCCCUCUCUCUACCCUCUCGCUCUCCCCUCUCUCUCUCCCCCUCUCUCCUCCUCUGCUAGCCUGCCCUCCAACUUGUCUCUAA